AAUUGUAGACUGUGCGUAUUAUAGAACUAGGUUUCGACUUACGUCUCGUGAACGCACAUCUUGUGAAUGGAAAGUGAGACUGAUUAAUUGUAAAGAUAAAUUCGAGAAUAAGAAAUGUGUUUAAAUACUGUGAUUAAUAAAAUACAAUAAUGUGUCGAAAAUAUUUGUGGUGUUAUGUAUUUAUACUGACUCUACUAGAUAUUUCACUCAACGUUAAGCUGACGGCCCAGGGGGAGAGCCAUGGUGUCUCAAUUCACAACUCUCUGGUAGAAGGAAUCACCUUUCAGGAAUGGGGCAAAGAAUCUGUGGGAGUGGAGUCGGUGGAGGGUGUGUCUGUGACUCCGGGCUCCCUGUCGUUCGGGCGGGCUCCGCUGGCGGCCCCGCACGUGAAGGUCGUCACGGUCACCAACACCGCCAACUCCACCUUGCAUCUGGCUUCCGUGGCUGGAACCACGCCGGACUUCCACGCCUCCUUCUUCGAGUCUAAGACGCUGCCGCCGCAAGCCAACACGACCUUCAGCGUGGUGUACCUCGGCCGGCGCGAGGGUCCCGUCUCUGCACACCUCUAUAUACACACGUCGCUCGGUGUUCAUAAACUCCCCGUGUCGGCCGUGGGCGUGGCGAGCGAGUACGACGUGUGGCCGCUGGUCGGACUGCGCGUACCGAUGAACGCCAGCGUGGAAGCCGAGCUCAGGUUCCACAACCCUACGGACGCGACGGUGCAAGUGAGCGAGGUGUACUCGACCGGCUCCUGGCUGGGUCUCCGCCUGCCGGGCGGCGGGGAGCGCGCGCCGCGAGACCUGUGGACCGUGCCGCCUCGAGCCACCCGCGCACUGGUGACUCUCCGCCUGGCGCACGCCGCACACCGCGCCCUGGCCGACCACAACCGACCGCUCACGGCGUACAUCCGGGUGCGCGCGGACAUCCCCGGGGGUGGGCUGGUGGUGGCGGUGGAGGCGCGUGGUGCGCCGGCCGGGGAGCACGCGCGGCCGCUCCACGUGCGUCUGCGGCCGAGAGGAUCCGGAGAUGCCGACUACACGGUGGAGCUGGAGGCGGCUAAUAGUGACGGGGCUGGAGUGUCGCUGGAGGGAGCCGUCAGCGCGCGCUGCUCACGGACUGCACCGCCGCCCUGCGUCCCGCCCCCGCGAGCCCUCCACGACACCACUAAAGCCAAUGGCGGCACGGCGCCGGGCGCCGUCCUCACCAUGCUGCGGACGCAUCUCGAAGCCCACCAGGAGUUCGUUCGCGUGGCGCGACUCAAGCUGGACUACGCCGAGCUCUGGUCGCAGGUGUCUCAGGCCGGCGAUGCGGACUCGCCGGAGGAGGCUUGGUGCUCCGGCUGCGUCCGUCUGGGCCGAGCGCUCGUGCCCUUCAGCGUGCAGCUGCUGCCCGGCAGCCUGAGCUUCCAGCCCGAGCAUAUAGACGUCAUCACCGCCGAAGAGGACAUGAUGCGCGAGCGAGAGGUGCGCGCCCACAACACCUUCAGACGCGAGCUGCGCGUGCUGGCCGUCACCGUCACCGAGGACGUCAAGCGAUUCUUCCAUGUGGUGGACCACACUCCGCUCCGCCUGUCUGCGGGCGCCUCCGGGAGCCUCCUGCGACUGGCGGCCCGGGACCCCGCCCCGUCCUCGGCCACCGGCCUCGCCGCCGACCUCACCAUCCACACGGAUCUCGCCGACUACACGCUGCCGCUUUUCAUGUAUAGCGGAAGACUGCUGCUCGAGUGGGAGUGGGCGAACGUGACGUCCUCGCACGUGGAGCUCGGCACGGUGGGCGCUUCGUGGACGCGGCGGGUGGGCGUGCGCGUGCGGAAUCCGGCGCCCGCCUCGUCGCUGUGCGUGAGUCGGCUGUCGGCCGUUUUAUCCGGGGCCGCCGCCUCGCUGGCGCUGGCCGAGCCGCGGCGGCGCUGCGUGCCGGCGGGGGGCUGGACGCGCGCCUGGCUCACCGUGGUAGCGCCGGCCGCAGAGGGCGUGCUGCGCGGGGAGGCCACGCUCGACACCCCACACGCCACCACGCGGGCGACCCUGUCGCUGCGCGUGCGCGCCGGCUCGCUGCGCGUGUCUCCCCCGGCCGUGCCCCCGGCGGCGCCCUACGCGAGUUCCUGGUCAACUAUAGAGGUGGAGAGCAGCAUGUCGGUGGUCAUGAGGGUGACGUCGGUGGACCAGCCCGCGCCGCCGGACCCCGCCCUUUCGUUCACAUGGUCGGGACCGGGCCUGGGCGAGGUGUCCCCGGGUCGUCAGUCCGUGGCCCGCCUGCGUGUCUCUCCAGAGGAACACUGCCGCCCCGACUGCUACACAGGCCUGUCGCUCGACACCCCAGAGGGCGCGGCGUGGGCGGCCCUCGGGGCGCGAUACGACGAGAGCGCUCAGCGUGAAGACAUGGCAUUGCUUCAACGACGAUUGGCUCUGUUCCGGGAACAGGCCGCCGGCGGGAACUUUACGCUGCACGUCCACACGGACGAGGUGCUGCAGCUGGCGGCCGACGGAGUGUGGACCGCGCACUGGCCGCGACUGGCCGAGCGCGGGGCUGGCGGCGCACUCAGAGCCGGCGUGGGUCGCGCCGCCACGCUGGUGUUGACCGUGCGCUCGCCCGCCACCGUCCCUAUGCUGCUGCACGCCCUGCUGCCGCCGCACACCGCGCCGCCGCAUCCUCCUCUGCCGCCCCUGGUCGGCGGGGAGGGCGACCACUGCACGAGUGACGAGUGCACGUGGUCCUCCAAGGCGUGGCGUCUGUCCGGGUGGAGGGUGACGCGCGGGGCCGUGAGGCUAUGGAACGAGUCGGACUCCGAGCUGCAGGCGGCGCCGCACGCCCUGCCGCCGCUGCUGCUGGCGCCGCGGACCGAGCUCGAGCUGAGCCUCUGGUUCACGCCGGAGGACGCCGGCGCCUUCACCGCCUACCUCUACCUCAGGAAUAACCUGACCGUGCUGGAGGGCGUCCGGCUAUUCGGCGAGGGCGAGUACCCGAGCUUCGAGCUGGCGGGGCGGCGGCCGGGCGCGGCGGCUCCUUUCUCUUUCGAGGUGAAGGAAUGUUCGUGGGGCGGCGGCGGGGCGGUGGUGCGGCGGGUGGUCGCACGGAACGCGGGCCGCGUCACGGCCGCCCUCGGGGGCUGGAGAGUCGCCCGAACGGGCUGUGUGGCCCGCGGCUUCCGAGUUUCGCCCUGCGCCCCCUUGGCUUUGGCGCCCAACGCUUCGGCUCCUGUACAUUUAGCCUUCUCGCCGGACUACUCGCUGGCCCGGGUGUCGGCGGCGCUCCAACUGGACACCGACCUCGGUCCUGUGGAGUUCACGUUGCUGGCCACCGUCCCGGCGAAGGUGCUCGCUAAAUGUGCCGCGAAGACCCCUCGUCCGCCCUGGGAUGGCAUGAUGAGAGGUGUCUGUUUGUUGGUCUCCAUCGCGGCCUUCGCUCUCGUCCUGGGCGCCGGGGCGCUGGACGCCGAGCGCCUGUUGCGCAGAGCACGCGCUUCUCGCGCACCCGCUCCGCCGCCGCGUUCCGCUCCCCUGGACCUGCGACGCCUGGCCGCCGAGCCAGCGCCCGCCCCCGCCGUCCCUCGCGCUCCUCCCCGCCGGCGCCGCUCCACUCGCCGCCCGCUGCCUUCGCUAGACCCUCGCGCUGAGCGCCGCGCCUUCGAGCGCUGGCGAGCCGGCGUCUUGCGCGGAGACGACGACUCCUCGCGUUCUAGCGAAGACGUCGACCUCGACGAAGUCUCCCCCGCGUCUCCGUCCGAGCGCUCCUCCGCCGACCGCCCGGCCGAACCCGGACCGGAACCUUCCUCGAAGCGGGCGGAGGGUGAGCCGCCCAAGGAGGAGAGUCGCCCGCAGCAGACGAAACCCAACUCGACGGGGUCAGACGCCUCGACGCCGGUCGAGGACCGGGACGAUGAGCCCUACGGCGGAGACGUGGAGCCCGACCCGAGGGAUGACUCGCCCACGGACGGGCCAGAGGAGACGCCCGUCGCGACGCCCAUUGUCCGACCCAUACCGCGCUCGCCCCCGGUAGAGACCGCGACACGGGACGCUCGUCCGCGGCGGGAGGCCUCGGAGAGCUCGCGGCGGAUAGAACGAUCGAGAACUGCGGACGGCGGCGACCGGCGGCCCGCGCCCGCUCGCCACACGCGUAAAGAGCGCGCCUCCAAGCGCCGCGGGGAGCGUCGACAGCCGAGUCCGCCGCCGCAGUCACCGUCGGGCGGGCCCGGAGCCCCGGGGGCGCCGGCGGAGGCGGGCGAGGCGCGCGGCCUUCGGUGGGGCGCCUCGUGGAGCUCGGUGGUGGCUUCCCGCGGGGCCCCCCUAGCACCUAUCGGGUCCGACGUUCGGCGCCGGGAACCCGAGCGCCCGGCCGACAACUCCCUCUUCUACUUCAACGGCACGUCGGAGACUCCGCCCCGGCCGGAGCCCGAGUUCUCCUGGCGGCCGCCGGUGUCCGCCGACCGCCCCGCUUUCGUCCCCGCCGCUAGAGACUUCAUCGAAGAAGCUCCAUCUUUGGUGUGGGGCGGUGCCUGGGGCGCCUGGGGCUCGGGUGGCCUACGCCCCCCGCCCGGCUUCUCCCCCCCGGAGCCCCCCCCGCAGCGCUCGUACGAUCCCUUCCGUUCCCUGGCGUCCAUCUGGGCGCCGGCUCCUCACGACUGGCGCGCCGCUGACCCUCGGCGGGAGGACGCCGACCGGCCGUAGCCCGACGAGUGAACCCGCGCGGCGGCGCUAGUCACGCUCCCCGCCGUCCGCGCCGCCUCUUCCGUACAGAGCUUUUCGUUUGCGAGUGGAUUGUGCAGAUUAAGUUUAAGUUUUCUUGUGACGAGCCUCCUGAAGAUGGCCUGAUCGUUCCGUUGUAUGAGAUCUGAAGUUGUAAAAGGAUAACGACGCCAGUGAUUCGUUUCAUUUGCUCCGCCUCGGCCUCCCUCGUUCCAGUUUUUAAGUUUUUUUAAGGACCCCGAAAAUAAAACAUUUUUUCUUUCAACUUAAAUUCUGAUUUGUAAGGGAUCGUUUUUUGAAGACGGCUAAUAUAUUUAAUCUUCAUGGGACAAUAACGUGUGUCGCUUGAUCCGAGAACUAAAUUUAAUACAACAUUAUUGCUUACUUCAGUAACCCAGUAUUAGGGAUAUUGUAAAAAGUUUAUCGAAUUGUUUUUAAUAUAUCGCCAAUCCAGAAAGUGCUGCAUACAUUUCUGCUACUGCUACUGCUACUGCUACAACAUCCCUUCCUGCUCGACACCCAAAUACUAAUAAUUUAUUUCAACUAACAUUACUCAUAAAAUCAUUAUGACUUUGUGAAGUUAAAGUAAUGGUAACGAUAAUAAUGGAAUUUAAGGAAACAUAAAAAUUAAGAUGAACUAUAAAGAUUGAACAGCGUAAAUAACAGAACGAAUAAAAAAAGUAAAAAAAUCAAUCCCAAGGACGAUGGUUCUUAUAUUGAUAAUCUGACAGUCAAUUACCAUCACCUUUUAUUGCUCUAGUAGUCUGUCUUAUAUCAAUGUUUUUUCACAGCAGUGUUGAAUGUAGGGGCAGUGGAGCCUGGAGCUCGCCAGCUCAAAUGUGAUGAACCGAGCGUCUUUCCCAGACACAAGUUUUAUUAUUUAACAGUAUACAAAAUGUCCAUGGGACGGUAGCUCAGUGAGACUAUUAACACUGAAAUAUGUACCUACUCUGUAGAUUCUAUUAUAAAAUACGUAAUUAUGGUAUUUUUAGAAAGUCUCACUGGCUUUACAUCUCAUAAAUGAUACCACUAACACCAGUUAACACAGAUCUGAUGGGUUUGAUGAUUCUCCUCAAAUUUUUAAUUCAGUGUUUGAUUCUAAACGCGUCAAAUGAUGUAUUUUUCUUAGAGUCAUUGAGUUAGUACGAAAUAAAGAAUCAACUAGUAAA